GAGCAAAUUGGGAUAUGAGGACCGCUAUGCAGAUGUAUACGGUGCUGCGAGGGCCGACUUCCUUCCAUCUCUCAGGACAAAUUAGACCUGUCCCCUCAAACCCUGGUACUUCAGUCAAGCCUCCUGUUGCACCAAAACCUAAUCUGGAUCUGAAGCCCAAUCCAGACAGACACAAAGGUGAAGGUCGACAUGGCGGUUCCAAGUUGGCUCCUCUUCCACCUCCUAGAGCUAGGAAAGUUGGUGCACUUCCAAAAUUAUAUCAUGAUGGCCAAGUAGCGCCAUCAUCACAUCCAUUACCACCUGUGGGACCAGAUGUUAUCCCUUUAGCAAAUGUACUGGUAGAGUCAUUAAAUCAGAAAGGGAUGAAUUCUACAAGAGGUAGUUUACCCCCUAUACAGAAACCUUGUGGCAUGCUCACACAAACUCAUAAUUCUUGUCCAGGAUCUGAUUAUUGUUCUCCUUGUGUUUCCCCACCAACAGCUUCUGUGCCUAAUAUAAAUAGGGGCUCAUUGAAAUCUCAGAGUGGCAAUGCCAAGAAUGCACUUUUGAUUGAAAAAGUCCGGGGUACUUCUGCCAACUUAAUAGACAGUCAGAAUGGCGCUGUAUAUGACAGCACUACGCGAGCUUCCUUUUCAUCUCAUGAUGCCAUCUCUUCUCUCUCACAAAUUACUAUAAAUAGUAGCUGUAUAAUAAGUGUGAAUAAUCCUAAUAAUAACCCUAAUAAAAAUAAUAAUAUCUAUAUAGAUGACUACUCUCCAUCAUCUUUGAACAACUCAGGGACUCUACCCAUCUCAAUUCAAACAACGAAUUACAGUACAUGUACUUCGUCAUAUUCAUCACCUCCCCUAAAUGUGCAGGCAGCUUCCAAAGACUCGUCGCCAUACUCAUUAACAGCUGUGCCUUCCACUGGUCCAUCAGGUGUCAUUAUUUAUUCAAGCAACAAUGAUGUAGCAUCUUUAAAGGACACUAAAUUGCCUGUAAAUACGAGCUUAGGAGUAUCAAGGGAAUACCUCAACAGUGUUAGUGACAGAGAUACUAAUUGUACUUGUGAUUGUCGUCGGGAAGUAGUAGUAAAUAGUAGCAAAGGAACAGCUAAUGCUGAACAAGAUGUCAAAAGCGUUGUCAAAUCAGGAGACAGUGUUGAUCGUGCAGUGCGCCCAGAAAUGUCUCAGCUUUCUGCAUCUAACACAGGACCCUCUCUCUCGGCACCAUGUUCUCCUGCCAAACCUCUUCUACGUAAAACAGAUGCUGUUGACCUGGAGGAGUAUGACUACUAUAAGAAAUUGAAUCGUGGCAUUUCCAAAGCUACUGACAAUGUAAACAUUGUUUCUAAAGUGAGAACAGAGUUUGCACAAGAAAUUUGGGAAGCAAUAGACUCGAGCAGAACUCCGUUUUUUAUUGAAACCCCUAUAUUCACAUUUACACUUCCUGACCUUAGUAUUUAUUCUGAUGAGUUUCGUUUAUUUUUGGAGCGAGAUCUGAUAGAAACAUCGACUUUAGUUUCUCUAGAAGGGGCAGGUCGUUUGAAUUGGUGGGCAUUGAUUGGGGCAUCCCAAAGAUUAUGGCCUUUAGCAACGACUGGUGAUGGCAAUUGCCUCUUGCAUGCAGCUUCAUUAGGAAUGUGGGGAUUUCAUGAUCGAUUGCUGACACUUAGGAAAGCCCUUCAUGAAUUCUUGACAAGGAGUCAAUACAGCCGUCCACUUUGGCGACGCUGGCGUUGGCAAGUUGCACAACAAAAUAGAGAAACAGGUUUAGUGUAUAGUAAUGAGGAAUGGGACACUGAGUGGGCAAAUGUUCUUAGGCUUGCAUCGAGUGCUCCACGCGGUGGACAAGAUGACAAUGUUGCUGCCGAGAAAGAGGGUAACCAAUCGAAUGGUAGUAUGAGUGCAAAAAACAACAUUGAUCCCUACCCAGUAUCCAAAAGACUAAGCAAUGGGUUCCUUACAAAUCAGGGAGAUGACUGCACAGGCCGAGUGUAUGAAAGCCUUGAGGAAAUUCAUGUUCUGGCUUUAGCACAUGUAUUACGUCGUCCAAUCAUCGUAGUGGCAGAUGUGACAUUAAAGGAUGUAAGUGGAGAACCACUGGCACCUAUUCCAUUUGGUGGUAUUUACCUCCCACUAGAGUGUCCACCACGAGAAUGCCAAAGAUCACCAUUACUUUUGACAUAUGAUGCAGCACAUUUCUCAGCUCUGGUUGUGAUGGAGAGUCAACAAGACUGCAGUGGAAAUCAGCUUCCAGCUGUGAUCCCUGUGACAGAUUGUUACCAUGAAUUGUUGGCUAUCCAGUUUGUUAUCGAUCCUGGUGAAGACUUUAUUUGGGGUCAUGAUGACCAAAAUCCUGCUGUGAUACAGAAACUCACCAUCACUAAUCAUGAUAAAAUUGGACUUCUGAAUGAAUAUCUUGAUAUUUCUCAGGUUCCUAUUCCUCCUGGUUAUCUUGAAGCCUGCCAGUCUGUUGAGGAUGUAGAAUCUCCAGAAAAUUAUCAUCCGGAAAUUGAGAAGAAAUCUUCAGAGUCCAGUUUUGAUUCUGAUGAAGGGCCCCCUUACCCAGAUGGCACUGCUGGUAUCUUUGCAAGUAAGAGUAAAGCUUCCAAACAGUUACAGACAGUCGCCAAACAGUUUGGAAGCAUAGGUAAGACUAUGUCAAAGAAAAUUAAAAAGAAUUUUGGGACACUGUCUAAACUUGGUCGAGCAGGAUCUUUUAAAAAGAAAGAUGAGUAUGUUAAAACUUGUAGUUUAUCCAAAAACAAUCAUAUGUUAAAAAUGUCUACUAAUCAGAGUUUCAUAUUAGCUGCCUUAAUUCAUACUGAAAAGCGCCAUGCAUAUCAGGAAGAAAUGGUGCGUAACUAUCUUAACACAGCCCGUCGAAGGUUUGAGAAAGAUGCUGAAAUGCGUAAGAGACAAAAGGAGGAAAUGAAACAACUUGAGCUAGAACAGUUAGAACAUCAAGUUGAAAUGGAAGGACCAAGUGAAUGUAUUAACCCAGGUUGCAGUAUGUAUGGCACUGCACUCACUUCUUACAUGUGUUCCUCUUGCUAUGCAAAGCAGAAAGAGGAGGAACAGGAGUAUAAAAGGCAAACUUCAAGUAAUCUUGGUUCCCCCAAAGCUCAACAUAGAACAGAUGGAGCGCAAUAUGGAGCUGGUAAGUCAAAGUUUUAUGCUGAAUUGGAUGCAAGUUCAGUUUUGGAUGCCAAUAAAAUUCCUGUUAUAAAACCCUUAUCAACUAAGAAAGAUGGUACAAUAUAUUUGUCAAAUUCAACGUUUUACAGUGACAAUACAACUGCCCCUAACUGCAAUAAUGCUAAAUCACUUUGUGGUGUCCAAAGUAAUGGCCAUCGUACAGAAGCAGAUGUAGUAGAGAGCCAGGCUUCUGUGGUGGUUACAGCCACAGCUAUAGCUUCCCCUACAAUUAUUACUACAACAAUGGCUCAUGAAGCUCCAGAUACUUUUACUCCUGUUGCUGUUGAUGAUGUGUCAGUUUGUGUAAGAGCUGAUAUUAGAUCAGAGAGUCCUAGUCAGCCAUGUUUAACUCGAGACUGUCGAUUUUAUGGUAGCUCUAAUACUGGUGGAUAUUGUUCACAGUGCUAUCAAGAGCAUGCAUCGAUAGGCAUUAGUCCAAAGAGUGUUAUGGUGCAACAGAUUAAAUCUGUCCAGUUAUAGAUUUCAACAAGCAUUGUAAAAAGUGUUAUGGCUGCUAUUAAUGUUAAUUUGAUUUGCCUAAUCAGUUCUAACAUUUUUGAUGUUAGUAAAUUUGUUGAAUCUAUAAUUUUAAGUUUGAUGAUCUAGUCAUAGUGCCAUAGAAAGGGAGGUAUUUUGAAUGCUUUAUCUUUAUUAUGUCAUUUUAUCAUAAAUAUCCAAGAGUCAAGGAAUAAGUGUGCCUUGAAUUUUGCAAAGGAAAAUUUCUUUUAAUUAUUAUGUUCUAUUUACUUGUACUACUGACAGCUGGUUUUUUUUUUUAUUAUUUAGUGGCUAUUUUCAGGGUAUUACUAAUUUACAUUGUAAAGGCCAUUUUGGUUGCACAAGAGAAAAUAGAUAUUAAUGAAGAAAUGUGAUUGGUCAAGAGAGAUAAGGGCAAUAAGCUGUGAAGCCUAACAGCCAAAAAAUAAUGUUGGAAAGAGGGUAUCAAGUGUUGUUGGAGUUCCCUUUGACCCUCGUCAGAAUCCCAAUGGUUUGGAAUGGAUUUUCCAGUCAUUUUCUCAAGGUUAUAUUGUUCCUGCAGGUUUCAGGGCUUUUAUUGAUGGCUUUUAGGGCUUGGCCUUGGGCCCCUGAUACUUCGGUAGACAUCCACCACAGUAGACAUCUUUUAAAGGAGUAUCACAAUGGAUGAACAUUGGAGGAAGGCUCCAAUUAAUUGAUGACAGCUCUUAAGAGGUGAUUACAAGACCAUUGCAGCAGGAGAGUCAUACACAUCGUUUUCUGCAUGUCGAGGACAAAAUCCAUCUUUAAAUUAAUUCACUGUAGUACAGAAUAUAUUGAUCCAUCACCCCUCCUUCCUUUAAGUUGUUGGGUGAAUAGUCUUCAUUGUGUGUGCUUUCUACUUGAGCUCCCAUCAGGUGUAGGUUUUUGUCUGUCCCUGUUCUCCAUUUUGUUAACCUUCCCACAGGUCUUCAUCCUGCUAUUCUCAUCGUCUACUUAUUCUAAAAUAAUACACCUAAAGAAUAACAGUGAGUGACUGAAAAUGGCUGAGACAGUGAGUAUUGUAUUUAAAAAAAAACUAGUUGAAGUAUUUUAAUAAUACUACAGAAGAGAUUCAUGGAAGGAUCAGGUCCCCAACCAUUGCUUACAACAAUGCCCACCUACACCAGCAGGAAGGAUAUACCUCUGAGAGUAUUAAGGAAAUCCCAAUGCCAACCUCUUGCACUCGUGACAAGGGGUCACAGGAGCCCCUAUUGCAUCCAUCCUUCCAGUAAUACCUGAUAAUACUUUCUUUAUAUCAUUAAUUUACUUGUAAACCAUUGAGGCAGACCAUUCCUUAUCUGUCUCAUCCAAACACAUUCCUUCAUCACCAAAUUACCAUUAUAAAAUGAGUGUUACCCAUGAAUGUCAAAAAUUGCUGUCAGCAAAAGCAAGUAAGUGGAGCAACACAGAAAGAGUUGUCUUCUUUUCCUCUAGAGCUUUGGCUUUAGGAAUAAAAAG